UGCCGAGACUAGUGACCGCACAACGGGAUCGACCCAUGUCUCAUGAUGUUGUGGACAAGCCUUUUGCACACGCCCUGGGGCCGAGUCAUCGCAGGGCGAGGGCGCUGUCAGCGAACCCCUCCAUCGCGGACCAAACGGGGACGAAAGCGAGCUGUCGAUUCACACGGAAGUUCAUUUCCUCCACACGUGGGUUCCCCAGAUUUCGAUGAUCUCGCCUCGCAGCGGCAAUUGGCUCGCUUGCUGGAACGCGCCCACGUAUCGCUCCCGCAGCUGACUCGAAAAUCACCGAGUAAGUCCGUGUUCUUCGAACGACCCAAUGACAAAUGCAGGGUCCCGGCUCCAUGGCCAGCAGCAAAUAGGCUGUGGGCAAGAAACGUCCUGUGUGACGACCCAGACGUCAGAUAUCAAAUUCCCACCUGUGUUCGUCGACGCCGCGUCCUCCGAGCAUGCUGUUUCGAGGUGCAUCUCGUCCGUGAUACUAAUCACUCACCAUGGCGACUUCAGGGUUCGAUACGAGUGUCAUCCUGGGCGAUACUCCCGACUUUGGCUGGCUUGAAUAUGAGCUCGACUUCCUGAAGCCAGACUUCUCCGUCGAGUCGCCGAAGAAUACAGACCAUUCCGGAAGCUCUCCGCAAAGCCUGACGGGCACGACGGAAAGCAACGACCCUAUAGUCCGUACUCCUGGAUCCGAGGGCGAUGGAACGAGCUUUCCCUUCCACCGCAGAGACAGCGUCACGAACGAGGAUAAACCGCAGGACGAUGUGUUCGUGAAGCCUCCCAUCCCCGACCGGUUGAAGGUAAAACAGCAGCUCUAUCCACUCCCUUUCACCAAGAGCCCCAAUCAUGAUGAUAUGAGCGCUCUUCAGGCACAGUUUCCCACCGCAAGUGGAUUCAGCCUAGACAGUCCGGCGAGCGUCCUCGAAACUACGUACAGUCUCGUGCUGGGUCCAUUCUUUCAUCAGUUGAUUCGAAUGUUCUUUCAAAACAUCCACCCGUACUACCCCGUCAUCGACGAGUUCGACUUUGACGCCUGCUUUUGCGCGCCUGUCGAUGAUGUAGCCCUUCGUAAUAGUCGAGCCUGCGUGCUCGGCGUCAUGAUGCUGUGUGCAUCCAUGUAUCUUAGCUCCCGACAGCUCUUCGGCUACUCAAGAUGGACACAGCACUCUUUGCAGCAAUUCGCUUUUCGAGCAGUCAAGGAGCUGUACGAGAAGUGGAGCGAGACCGGCGACGACUACAGCCUGACACAAGCAUGUAUGCUCCUCAGCUACUGGAGUCCGUGCUACGCCGAACCACGCCACAACUGCGGCGAAUGGAUACAAAAGGCGUUCGUCCACGCAAAACUCGCAAAAAUCGACGAACCGUCCAGUGGCUCCAUCACAGACCGCAGCCGUCUGAUCUGGAUCUCGUGUAUACUUCGCGAUCGCGCUCUCAGCUACGCUGGGCGACGACCGCUGCACCCGUAUUCGACAAGACCGAAUUGGAUUCGCGUUGACCGCGAGGACUUUGGUCUCGAGAUAUGCCUUCCGCGGUACAGCAACAUCACGUCGCGGACCGAGACUGUCGACGCGUUUCUGGUCUUGUGCAGGCUGAGCGAGAUAUUUGCAGAUAUGGGCGAGUUCCAGGAGAGGCUUAGGCCAAAGCUACAGGACAGCAACUUUGAGUUGGGACGGAAGGACAUCCUGAAGAUCUCACAAUUUGACAUACGAAUACGGGAAUGGAUAAGAGGGUUCAAGCAUUGGAAGACUGGUCCUCACGCUCCCACUAUACUUGAUACCAAAGGCCCUUCCUAUCUGUGGAGUAUUGUUGGCGAGUCCGCAACCGCAUCUCUCUACCUACCAUUUAUCCGAUUGACCUGCAAGACGGAUCCGCUAGCCUCCAAAUUUCCCGCCACCGCCAUGCAGAAGCUCAAAGAUGCAUCGUCCAAGGCCGCUGAGAUCGUCCGAGAAUUCCUGGUCGACGUCAAGCCAGAAGAGAUGCCGCCAUUCAUGGGCACCUGGCUCACGCUGCCCAUCAUCGUUCUUUUGGUGUCUCUCAAGUGUCGCGGACCCGCGCAGUCUGGGUCGCCGGAGUCUACUGCCGACAUACAGAGGCUACGGUACCUGCUGUCCGCGCUCCGAGUGUUCCAAACGCGGUACAGAAGCGCUAAAUUCAUAAGGGAAGUCUUGGACAAGGUCUCGAAAGAGCUCAAGCUCGGUGUGUGGGACAGCAGCUCCACAAGUGAGACAACCGAGCCAUUAGACGAACCUGUACUACUGCUUAAGGCUGCGAUAAUGAUGUUUGAGGCCUUUCGAAAUGAUACGACAGGUGCUGCACAGCGUUAAAGCUUCUUUGUAAUGUAUGUUAGCAUUUUCCAGGCGUCGGUGCAAUUGUUGGGACUGGUGGGUGGGGAGCCAGACAUAAAAUGCGUGAGCAAAGGUUCAAUGAAAGCUAAUGUGAAACUUAGCCAAAUGUUUUUUUUUAUGAAAAAAAAAAGAAACUUAAACUUUUUGAUGACAUACAACCUCCCAUCAACGAUUUCGUAUGUCUUGU